AUGGAGAGCAAGCCCAAUGUUUCUAGCAGCUCUGUGUCCGAUGAGAAUGUGAUAGUGAAGCAAAUUGAGGCCACCCAUGCCCCAGAUGGCCGAGACGUUGAUGCCAGACCCCUUCUCUAUCUUGUUGAGGACAUUCUUAAUCGUGCCACUGAUCUCAAUCCUGAUGCCAUCAUUUCAACCGGUACCCAAACACACAUUGAAAGCUUGGAGGAAAUGACCCACCAAUCUGCUUUCCUUGCCAUGCUUGAUUCCCUGUCAUAUACAAUUGAUCGAAUUUCCUGCGAGAUAUCAUACAAGGCUAGCGCUGUGAGUGGAAGUGGAACCGAUGCACACCAAACCACACUGUCGAUAUUUAACAUGCUAACAAACUAUGUAUGGGAUGCUAAGUUGAUGCUGGCCCUAACGGCUUUUGCUUUGCACUAUGGAGAAUUCUGGAUCCUUACCCAGAUUUACUCAACGAACCAACUUGUCAAAUCAGUAGUGCCGCACCUACCUAUACAAAAUGUCAUAACUGAGCAGGCAAGCGAACUGAAACCCAGUUUCGAUGCACUUAAUGAUCUAAUCAAGGCGAUAUUGGAAGUAACCCAGUGUGUAGUUGAGUUUAAACAACUUCCAUCCAUGUAUAUCACACCGGAUGUACCUGCAUUAUCCUCCGGCAAUAUUCCAGCUGCUGUGUAUUGGACCAUCAGGAGCAUCGUGGCCUGCGCAACCAAGAUUACUAGCUUCACUGGUUACGAGUUUGUGAUAUCCACCACAGAAGCAGGGGACUUAUCCACCCUGGCUCACAAGCUCAAAGACAUACAUGACCUUCUUGAGAAGCAGCUGGAAAUGUGCCACCAAUACAUAGAGGAGAAGAGGGAUGAGGAAGCUUAUCAGACGCUUAACAAACUGGUCUUCGAGAUGAUCCACAUUGAUAACAUGAGGGUUCUCAAGGCCCUGAUUAACCCUAGGGAUUAUCUGCAGCCGCUUGUUGACCGUUCCACCAAGCAAUUGGUUAACCUUGACGUUCUUAGGAGGAAAAACGUGCUAUUGGUCAUUUCAGGCCUGGACAUCUCGGAAUAUAAUGAGCUUGAACUUCUUCAAGAGAUUUAUGAGUACAGUCUCGAACGAACGACGCUAAAAGGUCAAUAUGAGUUUGUGUGGAUACCGGUUGUGGACCGUUCGAUCGAGUGGACUGAUCCCAUGCAAAGACAAUUUGAGAGACUGCAAUCUACAAUGAAAUAUUACGCGGUGCAACACCCUUCCUUGAUAGGAAACGCAUCGGUCAAGUUCAUCAAGGAGAAGUGGCACUUCAGGAAUAAGCCUAUCGUUGUGGUGUUGGACCCUCAAGGAAAGGUGGUGUCCCCCAAUGCAAUUCGCAUGAUGUUGAUUUGGUUACACAAUGCCUUUCCUUUAACUAGUUCGAGAGAAGAAGCGCUCUGGAGGGAAGAGACUUGGAGGCUUGAGCUUCUAUUCCCGUCUGAAUUGGACCCAACAAUGCACAACUGGGUUAACGAAGGAAAAUACAUUUUCUUGUAUGGAGGGAACGACAUCGAGUGGAUUCGAAGAUUUACACACUCAGCACGCGCAGUUGCACUGGCCGCGCGCAUACCCUUAGAGAUGUUCUAUGUGGGAAGGAGCAGGGAAUGGGAGAAAGUCAUAGCAACAAUCAAGUUGGAGAAGCUAAGUUCUUGGGAAGAGCAAUUACAAAUGUUGUUCUUCUGGAACCGCCUUGAGAACAUGCUGUUGUCGAAGAAGCAACUAGGCAAGGCUGACGACGACGUCGACCCCGUGACACUUGGGGUAAAGAAGCUGCUUAGCUACGACAAAGAGGACGCCGUAUGGGCUGUGCUGGGAAAAGGGUCUAGGAUUGUGGUCAACAGUCAUGGAAACACGGUGUUGCGGACCUUGUUGGAGUAUGAGACAUGGAAAGCGAAUGUGGAGUUACAGGGUUUUGAUGUGGCUUUCAAGAACCACCAUGAUCACCUGCUUAUUCAGGCUUAA